CAGACACAUGGUUGGAAUUCGUUGAGUGGGAGAGUACAAAUGGAGAUGAAGAGUGUUCGUGUCAAUAAGGGAGAUGGUGACAAGAUUACAGCGUAAGCUCGAAGAAGACUUUGAAACUAUAUAUUCAAAAUACUGUCGUCCAUUUACUGGUGCUCCUGAAGUAACGCUAAGCACAUGUGAAUUGCCAGAGAAUGUGAAAUUAAUCGAAAGGUACAGUCGGUUCAACAGUAGUCCAUGUAAGUCUGUUGUUGGCUCUAAUGAUGAAGAAAGUGACGAUAACAGUGAUGUGUCAGAUUCUGGAUCAAGCGGCUUCAGUUCUGACUGUAGUGGCUCAUUCAAAAGAGGUGAAGGACUUUCAAUUAAUCAUUUGACAACACGUAAGUCUUUAGAGAUAAAAAAUGAACCAAAAAUAUUGAAUGAACAUGAAAGAAAUCAUCAAAGAACAGGCUCAUUCCUUAGUAAUACUCAUUCGACACAUGAAAUAUUUAAGAACAUGUUCAUGGAUAACACAGAACUUAAUGUACCAGUCACCCAGCUUUCAUCAAAAAUCUUUCACAGUGACUCUUCCGACAAAAUGAGUAAGAUUGAAAGAACUGAGGAAAACAUAAAGUCACUUGCGAAGGUUUCAAUGAAAUUUGAUCAAACUGAUUUGGAUCCAGUAAAGUUGAAAAUAAAUUGCAACACAAGGAGGGCAGGUGUACGUCGAAAAUUUCGAUUUGUGCAGCGAGUUCUUCAUAAACAAGACUCUUCAUGUGAAUUUAAACCAAGAAAAGAUGAGAAUUUACAAUUUGUCAAUGAAUCAAAAGUAAAUGAUGUAAAGAAGGAAUUAAAAAUGUCUGAAAAUGCUCAUAUAACAACUAUAUACAACAACUGGAGUUUGAAUGUUUCAAACAUCGAAGAUGACUCAUCUGUGUUUGAAAAUGAUUUUCUACUUAAAGGAAACAAAUAUUCAGAUGAAAUAAUUGGAAGAAAAUAUUCACUGAAGAAAAAAGGGAAUUCUGGCUGUAAAGGUAGUGAUUGUUUCCUUGUUAAUCGAGGGCAUUCAUUUGAUCAAUGCAUUAGUGAUGAUUCUAUGGAAGAAUAGACAAAUGAGAAUUCUUCAGAAACUUCUGAUCUUCUACUUCUUCAACACAUCAAAAAUGACUACAAUGGUACAUGAUAGAAAGACUGCUCAGGACCUUUAAAUAAUUAUCCUCACAAAGCAUUUGUUAAAUCUGUUAUUGAAUGUUUUAAUUGUUACUCUACUCCACAAGAGCUUUGCAUGCUUAAAGAUAAAGUACGAUUGCAUACAGUUCGUCAUUUGACUAAUGUUUUAUUUCACUCAUACUCAGGCUCCACACCAUGUUUAACGGACAUCUGAAACUAGUUUUAACAAUACGUACUUAUUUUACAGAAAAGGGAUUUGAUUGAAAUUAUGCAAUUUCAUUAAUAUUAAGCAUACAACAGUAAGAGUUUUUACAAUCAUUAACAGACAAUCACGCAAAUGUUCUUCAUCCAUGUUUAUCACAACGGAAAAAAACACAUAAAAUGAGUGGUUCAAUUAAAGUGUGCCACUAUAAGUUAAAGAAGAUUAUCUUGUGACAUCUAUAGGUUGCUGGUUUAUUAAAAAGAUUAUACUCUAAAGAAAAUUUAAUUCUAAGGAAAGUUUGAUAUUCAUGAACCAGCUAUUGUUGGAUAUAUACUAUAAUUUAUUUUAAUAUAUUUUUAAAAUGCUUGAAAUUAAACUUUUUAAUUGCUGUUAUUCCAGUAUUGCUAAUGGUAAUGUUCCGCUUUACUUGAUAUUUUAUGUUUGUGCUUUUGUGUUUGUCUAUUGAUUUAACUUGUGUUUAAGAAAUAAAAGAUGUUUACUGUGUUUGCACAGGCUUAUGCAAA